GGUCAGAACGGAUCACCUGACUGCAACGCACCACUAACAACAGCAGCCGCUGGCGUGCAAACUCAAACUGUAUUAUUUCUCAAUACGCUUCCUCUUGAAUGGUUUUCCUCGUCAAAGCGACGUUGUGGCGGCUCGCUAUCCGCAUCCGCAAGUGAAACCCCUCGGUGCCGCUGCGUCAUUAACAUGUUUACGCCGGUGCGGGAUGAAAGCUCCAAUCAGAUCAAUAAGUUCGAGAAACUGUCGUGGAGGCCCUCAAGUCGAGAUUCAGGCUUCAAGAUGCGGGCACGCUGGCUCCAGGCUCGCCGACUCUUAUCCCCCGCAUUUCCCAACCUGCGCAUCCCCAACAGGUUUCUGAGAGAAGGACCCUGGGUGCCUUCGGCCCGUAGCGGACACCGCUGCGUCGCAGACAGCACCCACCUGUAUGUGUUUGGCGGCUACAACCCAGACUUCGAGGAGGCGGGUGGCGCAGAAAAUGAAGACUUUCCACUCUUCAGGGAGUUGUGGAGGUUUCAUUUUGCAACCGCCACCUGGCACCGGGUUCAAACUGAGGGUUACAUUCCCACAGAGCUCGCUUCCAUGUCAGCUGUCUUUCAUGGGAACAACCUGCUGGUGUUUGGCGGCACCGGCAUUCCGUUUGGUGAAAACAAUGGAAAUGACGUCCACGUUUGCAACGUUAAAUAUAAACAAUGGAACCUGCUGGGCUGCAGAGGAACGAAGCCUAACAAGAUCUACGGCCAGGCGAUGGUCAUCAUUAAUGGCUGCCUGUACGUUUUUGGAGGGACGACGGGCUACCUUUACAGCACUGACCUGCACAGGCUGGACCUGACAACCAAAGAGUGGAGCCACCUCAAGCCCAACAACGUCCCCUCAGAUCUACCGGAGGAGAGGUAUCGACAUGAGCUAGCUCAUGAUGGACGAAGGAUAUACAUUCUAGGCGGCGGGACUUCCUGGUCAUCGUAUCGCCUGGACAAGAUUCACGCAUAUAACCUGGAGACAAAUUACUGGGAGGAAAUAGUCACCAAACCCCAUGAAAAACUAGGAUAUCCCGCUGCCCGUCGCUGUCACAGCUGUGUGCAGGUCCAAAAUGAGGUGUUUAUAUGCGGCGGCUACGACGGUCAGCUGAUCAUGGCUGACCUUUGGAAGCUCCACCUUGGCACCUUUCAGUGGACCAAGCUGCCUGCCGUCAUGCCGGAGCCCGCCUACUUCCACUGCGCUGCUGUCACGCCAGCUGGCUGCAUGUACGUCCAUGGCGGUGUGGUGAACAUGUCGGGGAAUCGUCGUACGGCCUCAUUGUACAAGGUGUGGCUGGUGGUGCCCAGCCUGCUGGAGAUGGCCUGGGAAAAAUUACUGACGACGGCGCCUCAUUUAGCUCAGAUGCCCACAUUGCAGCUGCUCAGCCUGGGACUUCCACACACCCUCAUCCAGCGGCUCAAGUAAGUCGUUUUCUGACCUAGGACCCGCUCCAUGAUUGGACAGAGGAGAAACCGCCGUUAGAAAAACAAAAUCAACAAAACGACUGACUGUGGUUCUGAAGAUUGCCUUCUGGUUUUCAGUCUGAUCCAUUUCCUUUCGCAUUUUGUAAAUGUGUCUUAUUUUAUACAUCUGUGUUGGGAUAAAGUUAUCUGUUCCAACUGUUGGAGCAUUUUUUUUAAUCUGGGCAAGUAUGUGAUUUUAUGGCCUCCAAGUUCGAUUUGCAUUUUCAAGAGAUAAACACUGGUGUCUCCAUUUUGGUGUCAAACUGUUCCACUCGAUUUUAUCUUGUUCAUAUUUUUGUGUUGAAGCAAAAUGCAAGAGUUUGGAAUUGUCUGACAAAAGUAGGCAGUUUAUUUUUGGAGGGUAACAUGCAACUGUGAUUAUUCUAAUUGAUUUUUUUUAUGGCAUCACUGUGACUUUCUUAGUGCCUCCUCAUGUUUUAUUUUUACUUUUUAUGUGUUUCUUUUUUCCCCCUCCAUCUGGUGCCUUUUGAAUGCUCAAAUUCCUCUUUAUGAUCAACAGUGCUGGUUGCGUGCAGGUUACACUUCUAAGCUAAGUUAUUUAAAAAUCACUGUGCUGUUGUUGACUCAAUGUUGUGUGUGCUUGUUUUUUAAUUUUAUUUUUUAAACUAAAUGUUGCUGUGUAAUAUAGAACACACUUUCCUUUUUAUAACUGGUCAAAAGGUACAAUUUGAAAAGCACAUUUAUAGAAACUUCUGAACACAUUCAGCAUGGUAAUACAAUUUUAUUUUUCACAUUGUCACUUUCCUACAUUUGUUAAUAUAAAGCCAGUCUGCUUCAGUGUUCAAAGCAGGCCUUGCUCAUGUCAGAGAUGUUUCUAGUUGUGAUGUUCGUGAUCUCUCCUGCAUGUCGGCAUGCCACUGCACUGUACAUAAAUGUCGACUCGAAUAAAAGGAUGAUGUACAUUGUUCUAAUUUCUGUUGUGCAAUAAAAGUCGGGCUGAUCAUCUUUUUCCAAA